AUGCAGAAGGGAAUACGAUUUAAUGAUGGUCAUGUCACCUACCUGGGUCUUUUGGCAAAGAAGGAUGGUACGAGGCGAGGUUGCUUGAGCAAAAAGAGCUCAGACAACACUAAAUGGCACACAAAGUGGUUCGCUUUAUUACAAAAUAUGCUGUUUUAUUUUGAGAGCGAGUCCAGCUCUCGACCCGCGGGAUUAUACCUGUUGGAGGGAUGUGUGUGUGACAGAGCGCCGUCACCGAAACCCUCACAAUCAUCCAAGGAGUGUUUAGAAAAGCAGUACUAUUUCACCGUAAAUUUCACCCAUGAAAACCAGAAAGCCCUGGAGUUGCGUACAGAGGAUGUAAAGGACUGCGAUGAAUGGGUGGCUGCAAUAACACAUGCCAGUUACAGGAACCUGGCCACAGAGCAUGAGACGCUCAUGCAGAAGUAUCUCCAUCUACUCCAGAUCGUGGAGACAGAGAAAACGGUUGCUAAGCAACUUCGACAACAGAUAGAGGACGGGGAAAUAGAGAUUGAACGGCUAAAAUCAGAGCUUUCUGGGCUGCACAAAGACAACGGGAAGAUCCAGUCAAGUCCAACAGCCGAACCCAGCGAAGAUGAUGACUCUGAACUCAAGAAAAUCAAAAAAGUGCAGAGUUUCCUGCGAGGCUGGAUGUGCAGGAGGAAGUGGAAAACCAUCAUCCAGGACUACAUCCGGUCACCCCAUGCAGAGAGCAUGAGGAAGAGGAACCAGGUGGUGUUCAGCAUGCUGGACUCUGAGGCUGAGUAUGUCCAGCAGCUCCACAUCCUGGUCAACAACUUCCUUCGACCCCUCCGUAUGGCCGCCAGCUCCAAGAAACCACCCAUCACCCACGACGACGUCAGCAGCAUCUUCCUCAACAGUGAGACCAUCAUGUUUCUGCAUCAAAUAUUCUACCAAGGGUUGAAAGCAAGAAUAGCAAGCUGGCCAACAUUAGUUUUGGCGGACCUGUUUGAUAUUCUACUGCCCAUGCUAAACAUCUACCAGGAGUUUGUGAGGAACCACCAGUACAGUCUGCAGAUUCUGGCCCACUGUAAGCAGAACCGAGACUUUGACAAGCUGCUGAAGCAGUAUGAGGCCAAGCCCGACUGUGAGGAGAGGACUCUGGAGACCUUCCUCACCUACCCCAUGUUCCAGAUUCCCCGCUACAUUCUUACACUCCAUGAGCUCCUGGCCCACACACCACAUGAGCAUGUGGAGAGGACGAGUCUGGACUAUGCCAAGUCAAAGCUGGAGGAGCUGUCCAGAAUCAUGCAUGAUGAGGUGAGCGAGACAGAGAACAUCAGGAAGAACCUGGCCAUUGAGCGCAUGAUCGUAGAAGGCUGCGAGAUCCUCCUUGACACCAGCCAGACAUUCGUCAGACAAGGCUCUCUCAUCCAGGUGCCAAUGAGUGAGAAGGGCAAGAUCACCCGUGGGCGACUGGGCUCUCUGUCUCUGAAAAAGGAGGGGGAGAGGCAGUGCUUCCUCUUCUCUAAGCAUGUCAUUAUCUGCACCAGGGGCUCUGGAGGAAAACUGCACCUCACCAAGAAUGGCGUGGUCUCUCUUAUUGACUGCACUCUUCUGGAAGACCCCGAGGGGACAGAUGAUGAGUACAAGGGUGUACAGGACAUGGAGCAUCUGGACUUUAAGAUCGUGGUGGAGCCUAAAGAAGGCCAGUCGUUUACAGUGAUCCUGGUGGCCUCCUCGCGGCAGGAGAAAUCUGCCUGGACCAGUGACAUCAGCCAGUGCAUAGACAACAUCCGCUGCAAUGGGCUUAUGAUGAACGCAUUUGAGGAGAACUCUAAAGUCACCGUGCCACAGAUGAUCAAGUCCGACGCCAGCCUGUACUGUGACGACGUGGACAUCCGUUUCAGUAAGAUGAUGAACUCGUGUAAGGUGUUGCAGAUCCGCUAUGCCAGCGUGGAGAGACUCCUGGAGAGGCUGACAGACCUGCGCUUCCUCUCCAUUGACUUUCUCAACACCUUCCUGCACUCCUACCGCGUGUUCACCAGCGCCAACGUGGUGCUGGACAAACUCAUCACCAUCUACAAGAAACCCAUCAGUGCCAUCCCAGCCCGAUCCCUGGAGUUGUUCUUCGCCAGCAGUCAGAACAAUAAACUCCUAUAUGGGGAGCCACCCAAAUCCCCCAGGGCCAGCCGUAAGUUCUCUUCCCCCCCUCCUCUGGCCAUCACCAAGACAUCGUCCCCCAACCGCCGGCGUAAACUCUCACUCAACAUCCCUAUCAUCACUGGGGGAAAGGCUCUGGACUUGGCCGCCCUCAGCUGCUCCUCCAACGGCUAUGCAAGCAUGUACUCCUCCAUGUCCCCCUUCAGCAAGACCACCCUGGACAUAAACAAGUUAUAUGUCACCAGUCCCAUCACCAGCAAGAUCCCUGCUGAGGGAGAGGGCAAGACGGACAAGGCAGAGGAGACCACUGUGUCUAAACAAGAUAUUUCAGUUCCAGAGGAAAGUGACAUUGACCAAAGCCAGAGCGAUGAUGCAGACCCAGAAACGUCUCCUAUCAAGUCGCCAACCACCCCUCAAAAAAACGUGAAGUGCAAAAACUCCUCAGAAUUCUCCCUGUUCUCAUACAACAAUGGCACGGUGAUGUCUUCGUGUCGCCCUGAGAUGGACAACAACAACCGCAGUGCCCUCUCUGCAGCCUCCGCCUUCGCCAUCGCCACGGCAGGAGCCAAUGAGGGCACGCCCACCAAGGAGAAGUAUCGCCGCAUGUCCCUGGCCAGCACAGGGUUCCAAACAGACCAGAGGAACGGGGACAAAGAGUUUGUCAUCCGAAGGGCUGCAACCAACAGAGUCCUGAAUGUUCUGAGGCACUGGGUGUCAAAACACUCUCAGGACUUUGAGAGUAACACUGAGCUGAAGCUGAAGGUCAUAGCCUUCCUGGAGGAGGUGAUGCAUGACCCGGAGCUGCUGACCCAGGAGAGGAAAGCAGCCGCCAACAUCAUCAGGACCCUGACACAGGAAGACCCUGGUGAUAAUCAGAUCAGCCUGGAGGAGGUUAAACAGCUGGCGUCAGUAGGGAAGGCAGAGGCGUUUGAGAGCCAUUCUGCCCUGGAGAUAGCAGAGCAGCUCACCCUACUAGACCACCUGGUGUUUAAGGUCAUCCCAUAUGAAGAGUUCUUUGGUCAAGGCUGGAUGAAGAAUGACAAGACUGAAAGGACACCAUAUAUCAUGAAAACAACAAAGCACUUCAAUGAUAUCAGUAAUCUGAUUGCCACGGAGAUCCUGCGCUGUGACGAUGUGACCACGCGGGUGGUGGUGAUGGAGAAGUGGGUGGCGGUGGCGGACAUCUGCCGCUGUCUCCAUAACUACAACGCUGUGCUGGAGAUCACCUCCUCCCUCAACCGCAGCUCUGUGUUCCGCCUCAAGAAGACCUGGCUCAAAGUGUCCAAGCAGACUAAAACCGUCAUUGACAAGCUGCAGAAGUUGGUUUCGUCAGAGGGGAGGUUCAAAAACCUGAGGGAGGCUUUAAAGAACUGUGACCCUCCCUGUGUACCAUACCUGGGGAUGUACCUCACUGAUCUGGCUUUCAUUGAGGAGGGGACUCCCAACUACACUGAGGACAAAUUAGUCAACUUCUCAAAGAUGAGGAUGAUUUCACAUAUCAUCAGAGAAAUUAGACAAUUCCAGCAAACAGCAUACAAGAUUGAUCAUCAGCCAAAGGCAGCACGGUAUUUGCUGGACAACGGCUCUAUUCUGGAUGAAGAAAGCCUAUAUGAAGCCUCUCUCAGAAUUGAGCCUAAAGUCAACAACUGA